AUUUUGAGUUAUAUAUGAUUUCUUGGCUUGACUGCUUCACCAGUCUCAGUCAAAACAGAGACAAAUAAGAAGUAAAAGAAUCAAAAAGAAAAGACAAAGGAGAGUUAGAGAUAUAAACACAAAAGAAGAGAAAAUUUUCUGGCAUUUCUUUGUCUUAAGGCAGAGGCAGUGGAUAAGAUUUGGAAGAUGUCGAUUAAGGAAACAGAAGAAGGAAUAAUGGAGGAUGAGAUUGAACCGAGAGGAAGCAUGAAGAGCUUUCUAUGGCAUGGUGGUUCUGUUUAUGAUGCUUGGUUUAGCUGUGCAUCAAACCAGGUUGCUCAAGUUCUAUUGACACUACCUUAUUCAUUUUCGCAAAUGGGGAUGGCAUCAGGUGUAAUUCUGCAGAUUUUCUACGGUUUUAUGGGAAGUUGGACAGCUUAUCUCAUCAGUGUUCUCUACGUUGAGUACAGAACUCGAAAAGAGAAACAGAAUGUUAACUUCAACAACCAUGUCAUUCAGUGGUUCGAAGUUUUAGAUGGUCUGCUUGGUCCAUAUUGGAAAUCAAUAGGGUUAACGUUCAACUGCACAUUCCUCCUCUUUGGUUCUGUUAUCCAACUCAUCGCAUGUGCAAGUAACGUAUACUAUAUAAACGACAAGCUGGACAAGAGGACAUGGACUUACAUAUUCGGAGCGUGUUGUGCAACCACAGUAUUUAUUCCAUCAUUUCACAACUACAGGAUAUGGUCCUUUCUCGGUCUUGGCAUGACCACUUACACCGCUUGGUACCUUACCAUUGCGGCUCUAGUCCACGGCCAGGUCGAAGGAGUGACUCAUUCCGCUCCAACUAAGCCCGUUCUGUAUUUCACAGGAGCCACUAAUAUAUUGUAUACUUUUGGUGGCCACGCUGUUACAGUGGAGAUAAUGCAUGCAAUGUGGAGACCUAGAAAGUUCAAGUACAUAUACCUAAUGGCUACACUCUAUGUCUUCACCUUAACCAUACCAUCAGCUGCUUCCGUCUACUGGGCCUUUGGAGAUGAGCUUCUCACACAUGCUAAUGCCUUCUCCCUCUUUCCUAGCUCACCAUGGCGCGACGCUGCAGUUAUCCUCAUGCUCAUCCACCAGAUUAUUACGUUCGGGUUCGCAUGCACGCCACUAUAUUUCGUGUGGGAGAAAGUAAUCGGAAUGCACGACACAAAUAGCAUUCUAUUACGAGCCAUUACAAGGUUACCAGUGGUGAUUCCAAUAUGGUUCUUAGCCAUAAUAUUUCCUUUCUUCGGUCCAAUUAACUCAGCUGUUGGUGCACUCCUAGUCACAUUCACCGUCUACAUCAUCCCAUCACUCGCUCACAUCCUCACUUACCGCUCUGCUUCUUCCCGUCAAAACGCGGCCGAGAAGCCACCGGCGGUGAUUGGCGGGUGGAGAGGUGCAUUUGUGGUGAACGUGGUGGUGGUGGUUUGGGUAUUUGUGGUUGGUUUCGGUUUAGGAGGAUGGGCGAGCAUGACUAAUUUCAUUAAACAAGUUGAUACUUUUGGCCUCUUUGCAAAGUGUUAUCAGUGUCCUCCUCGUCACUGAUGUUUGAUCAGCCGAUUUGAACGGGCAAGGGAGUGCCUAUGAGCCAAUAAACAAAUUGCUGAACUUCUUAAUGAACAUUUGAAGUGUUAUAAUUGUUUUUCUUAGUUUGUAAACCUUUUACACAUUCUUUCAUGUUUUAAGCUAUAGCCUUUUCACAUAUAAAAUUAUAUCAUGUUUGGUACUGGA